AUGCAGGCCACACUCAGUGUUGCCGCUCUCAAACCGUUCAUUAGGGCACUGACAUGUCUGUCGAGAUAUGGCGAUGAUGUUGUCAUAUCGGCAAACCCAGAACAGCUCUCUUUAAGCGCAACUAAUUCUUCACUCUCUGCAUACUGUUGCUUCAAGUAUGGGCGCAGGUUCUUUUCCAGAUAUAAAUUCAGAGAUGGCGUGGCACAAGACGAUGUCCAGGACGUGAAAGGACAGUUGCUCGCUAAGACAUUUCUUUCCAUCAUUAAACAUAGAACUAUCGAGAAGACAUUGGAACGCUGCGAAUUCAUAAUCGUUGAAGCAACGGAUCUAUAUGACCAGCAUGAGCCAGACGAGGACCAGGAUACAUUAGAGAGCAGAUUGAUAAUUCGAUUGCACUGUAAACAUGGCAUCGUAAAGACUCACCGACUACCACUCUUGAUCCCUACAUCAUUGCUUUUACCGGGUACCUCAGACCCUUCGACUGAAUCCCAUCUUACAAUAGGUCCACGCGCAAUAAAAGACAUAACGGAGCAUUUCCCAAAUGCUCGAGGGGCGAAGGGUGAUCCUCAACUUGUAUGGACCUUUGGAGAUACCGACGUUGAGGUGAAGAGCCUCGAGUCCUCUAUUGACACUAGAGGUAAAGCUCAACUAUCAACAGAGCUGACAAUCAGCGCGGAUGAGUUCGAUGUCUAUGACGCCACAAUUGCUUUCGCGGAAUCCAUGGGUCUCUGCCUAGAUCUACGGUUCACGGAUUCUGUGGCCCCUCUCUUCAUCGACGUCGAAAGCGAAGAGUCAGAGUGUCUUUUUGUCAUAUCUACCUCGCAAUACGGUGGUUCAGCCGCACCUCCAUCGUCAAACUCUACUCAACACAACACACACAAACGUCCUUCUCCGAGCGAUGAUGGUAAAGGCAGUUCGAGACAGCGAAGCGAAACACCGAGAAUAAAGAAACCAAUGAAAGCCGUGCAGCGUAUGGAUGUGCGUACACCUGAUGUAACUGCUACUUCAAAAGCACAAAACGAUGCACGAUCAAUGCCACCACCAUCUUAUAUUCCUCAGCACACGUCAGGCUCUCCGCUGAAUCAAAUGCCGCCUCUUCCUUCGCCGUCUUGGAAUCUUCCGCCUGAUCCAUCCCAUGGAGUUACGGUGCAACUCGAGCCUCUUUUCUACCCUCAGUCUUCUCAGUUAUUAUCGGAUGGGCCAAGCGGGAGCCCUGAAGUGGGUCGAGCUAAAGCACGGGAUCGGACUCCAUUAUUUUAUCCCCUUUCACAACUUUCUCAGGCAGACAAGGAGGUGAUACGCGCAUCUGGUUUGGGUAUCGAGGACAUGAACCAGGAUGAACUAACGGAAAUGCUCGAAGGAGAGGGCGAAGAAGUUGGCUUUGAGUUCGCUGCGUCUCAGAGUCUUACCAACAUGGAAGAUGCAGAUUCAACUAUGCUUUCUGUGGAUGAUGAUCCUGAAAGCUUUGAGCUUGUUGAAGACAUCGGCACUGAACUUGGGCCAACGCAGGACGACGUCGGAGGCAGGAAGAAGGUGUUUCAGCCUCUGUUUGAAGAUUAA